AUGAGCAAUCUGGAUGACCUUUGUGCACAGCUGACUCAAAAUCCCAACGACGAGAGAAAAGAACUCCGUCAACUCCUUCUUAAGUAUGCGAACAUCUUUUCAUGGCAAGGCUCAAGACUAGGACGAACAAAUAUCGUCAAGCAUAAGAUUGAUACUGGUGAAACUAGGCCCAUCUGGCAACCACCCAAAAGUAUUCCACCUCCUUGGCGGGGAGAUGUGAACCAUCUGGUUGAAGAAAUGCUUCGAGAUGAGGUUAUAAAGCCAUCCGAGUCAUCAUGGGCCCCUCCUAUUGCGUCAGUAAAGGAGAAUGACAGCAAACUGCAAUUAUGCAUCGACUGUGGGAAGUUGAAUGCCAGUCGGAACAGAAGAAUAGGUAAUACGUGCCCAACGUGGCGCGGCGUGACGGAGCGCAAUCUUUCGCGCUCAUUACGUUGCCGCAGCGGUGGCGAAGGUGUCAACGUCACUAAAGCCGAGGAUUAG